AUGGAGCCGUUUCGUGUGCGCCUCAACUGCAUCGAUCAUUACCAGGCGACCGCGUCAGAACUUGACCCACUGUUACCCUUCCGUGAUGUCGUGUCUGAAAAGGAUUUCAGGCCAAGGGUGCCUGUGAUUCGAGUUUUUGGAGCUACUGAAACCGGCCAAAAGGUGUGCGUUCAUGUACAUGGCGCAUUUCCGUAUCUCUAUAUCGAAUACAAUGGGUCCUUGACGCCGGAAGAAGUGAACUCGGCAAUUAGGACUCUUCACCUUUCGAUUGAUCAUGCUCUGGCCGUUAGCUAUCGACGUAAUGCGCAUGAUAGGAAGACCGCGUACGUCGCCCACAUUACUUUGGUGAAAGGCGUCCCUUUCUACGGAUACCAUGUGGGGUAUCGUUUCUUCUUCAAGAUAUAUCUCCUUAAUCCUUUCUACAUCACUCGCUUGGCCGAUCUUCUGCACCAGGGAGCAGUCAUGAAGCGCCAGCUUCAACCAUAUGAAAUCCAUCUCCAGUACAUUCCGCAGUGGAUGUGCGAUUAUAACUUGUACGGUUGCGCAUACAUGAAUUGCAGUGCGGUCAAGUUCCGCACCCCAAUACCGGAGUAUCUCGAACUCGGCAAUCUGGAUCACCGUUGGCACGAUCGGUCCAUAACUACCGAAAACAUGCUUGAUGACCCAGCACUCCAGAAACAGAGCCACUGCUCUCUGGAAGCGGACAUAUGCGUACAGGAUAUCCUGAAUCGAUCUGAUAUCAAGGAACGGGCAUUGCAUCAUGACUUCACCGAGCUUCUUAGACCGGUUGCGUUUAACGAGCGGCUCGUCCCGAGCAUGGCCGGACUGUGGCAAGAUGAAACUCGCAGGCGCAAGAAACGCUUAGGCAUCGAUGAUCCUGGAAGCAGUCCCUUUAAACCAGAAGAGUUGGUUUCAAUGUCCGCCGACCCAAGAAACAAAUCCGCUGGUGGUUGGGUCCACGAGGAGGAAUAUCGUGAGAUGGCCCUUCAUACUGCGGCAGAAGAGAGGCGGGAAGACAAAGAGAAGGAUGUGUCCUUCGAAACCUUUUUGGACUUGAAUGAAUACGAGAGAAACGUGAAAACGGUGCUCGAUAGUGUCGAGGACUUUUACCCGGAUAGAGUCGAUAACUCGACCUUCGACACCCGUCAUCAACCACCAUCGAACGAACGCACAGCACCCGAGAUUUCGGUUGAUGAAAAUGUUGCCUUGUCCUCCCAACCCGGGCAGCUGUUCCAAUCAGACGAUGAAUUUGGUGACUUCUUGGAAGAAAACGGCGAAGAGGAACCAAAUGCAAACGAUAACGCUCUGGAAGAGAGCUUUGACGAUGGAAUAUUCGACGAGCUGCCUCCACCAGAAGAUGAUACACCCAGGGAAUGGUAUAAACGAACCCACUCGAACCCGACAUUCAAUGGGAGCAAUCACCAGGCACAGUCCUCUCCAGUCAAGCAGAGUGUCAAAGAUGGAAGAUCGAGUGGCAGCAAGAACCUCAAACGACAGCACGGCCAAGCCACUGAUCAUGAUAAUGAUCAUAACCAGCCCUCUUGUAAAAAGACCAAGUAUCCUGGUCAAAAUGAGUCACCUGCUUUACCCCAAACUUUGAUGAACACGCCAAAGACUCAUGAAACAGGAGAAAACCACAAGGUUUCAUUCGAUAGCAAUCUGGGACCCCAAAUGGGACCCUCAUCAUCGGAACCCAGGUUUUCUUCCCAGAGGACCAUCCGUCCAAAGACAAAGACUCCCAACAGCAGGCUCAACUUUCCGGUGGUCAAGGAUCCUAAUGACCCAUUGACAAUAUUGCGAUUUAGCCAAGACGAUGUGCAUUCCUCAAACAAGGACCCAGAAUCUCUGCAGCCAACGCCAAGCUCCUCCCCUUCUGCAUCUGCCACAGAUGUCUCGGGUCAUGCUGGUGAAGCGGCGAGUUCCUCGCAACCUCAGUCUUCCACUGUGAUCGAGUCAGUGGCACUCAAUCCACAUGUCGCUGAACUACUGGGCAACAUCCACUACUCAUUCGAUAUGCCCCUAAGCACCCCUCUUGGCUGCUUCAGAUUCGCCAGUCCGAGAUGCAACGAGAUCGUCUCUACCAUGAACGACUACGGCCGUCCCUCUGUUGUCUACCAAAAAGCAUAUUACAGCGAGGAGACAGAUGUGCCCGAACGUCGGCGAGAAUACGCCGGCCGAGAGUUUCGGCUGGAAAGUAACACCAUCCAUUAUUUGCCCAAAUUCGACCCAACCGCCGAAACGCCUGCGAUGUUUGGUGAACAGACACUUGUCUCGUUUGACCGAGAGCAACAGGAAAAACUCGAUCAGCAUCUCCGGGCAUCUUGUACUUCGAGGGUGUGGGAAUUUGCACCUGUACCGCCGAGCCGCUCGGAGGUGAUAGAGUGGUUUCAGAAUGUUGAAGCUUCGCGCAACGCUGCAAAACCGAAAGCGAGCCACCCCGAGCCCGAAAUGAAGCCAGACGUGCUUUCACAGAUUGAAGGACCAACACAGCAAAACACGUAUGGGUUCAAAUACUCGCAGAAAGGAAAGUCAACCAGCGUUGAGCACCAAGCUCAAUAUAUGAGUACAAUGAGUUUGGAGGUGCAUGUCAAUACCCGUGGAGCUCUAUACGCCAAUCCCGAUGAGGAUGAGAUCGUUUCUUUUUUCUGGUGUCUUCAAUCAGAAGACCAGGAUCUUGAGGUGAAUAGCCAUCUUCCUGGCGUUCACGUCGGGAUGGUCUACCAAGGUGAAAAUCAAAGGCCCGAGGAUAAGAUCUCCAAGGCACUGAAGAUUGAUUUGGAACAUGAGCUGACAGAGCUGGACUUGAUUAACCGGCUUGUUGACAUUGUUCGUUACCAUGACCCUGAUAUCAUCACAGGCUACGAGGUCCACAACGGAUCCUGGGGCUAUGUAAUCGAGCGGGCUCGGAAAAAAUACGAUUUUGAUCUGUGCGACGAAUUGUCCCGAGUAAAAUCUCAAUCGCAUGGGAGAUUCGGGAAAGAUGCCGAUCGCUGGGGGUUUGAGCAUACCUCGUCUAUCCGUAUCACAGGACGACACACGAUAAACAUUUGGAAGGCCAUGAGAGGCGAGCUCAAUUUGCUACAGUACACCAUGGAGAAUGUGGUGUUCCAUCUCCUGCAUCGUCGAAUCCCUCACUACUCGCCCCAGGACCUGACCAAAUGGCAUCAAAGUGGGAAGUCUCGCAGCAUUCUCAAAGUCGCCCAAUACUACUUGUCCCGUGUGCAAAUGAACCUGGAGAUCCUCGAGGCCAAUGAGUUGGUCCCGCGAACCAGCGAGCAAGCAAGAUUACUGGGUAUAGACUUCUGCUCCGUUUUUUCUCGCGGGUCUCAGUUCAAAGUGGAGUCUUUGAUGUUCCGUAUUGCCAAACCGGAGAACUUCCUGCUUGUGUCUCCGAGCAAGAAGCAGGUUGGACAGCAAAACGCGCUCGAAUGCCUGCCAUUGGUCAUGGAGCCCCAAAGCGACUUCUACACAAGCCCACUUCUUGUCCUCGAUUUCCAGUCGCUUUACCCCAGCGUGAUGAUAGCGUAUAAUUACUGCUACUCAACCUUUCUGGGGCGAGCGAAGGACUGGCGCGGACGCGACAAGAUGGGAUUCCUGGAUUACCAACGCCAGCCACGGUUGCUGGAGUUGUUAAAAGACCAAGUCAACAUUGCACCGAAUGGCAUGAUGUAUGCAAAGCGGGAGACACGGCAGUCGCUCCUGGCCAAGAUGUUGACUGAGAUCCUGGAGACUCGUGUGAUGGUCAAAAAUGGCAUGAAGGCCGACAAGGACGACAAAGUCCUGCAGAGAAUGCUCAACAACCGUCAGCUGGCCCUCAAGCUGAUCGCGAAUGUCACCUAUGGAUACACUUCGGCCUCGUUCUCCGGACGCAUGCCGUGCUCUGAGAUUGCCGACAGCAUCGUGCAAUCCGGACGAGAGACGCUCGAGAAAGCCAUCGCACUAAUUCACUCAGUUGAACGGUGGGGCGCAGAAGUCGUGUAUGGCGACACGGACAGCCUCUUUGUCUAUUUGAAAGGCCGUACGCGUGAGCAAGCUUUCGACAUCGGCGAAGAGAUCGCACAGGUGGUCACGGACAUGAAUCCGAGACCGGUGAAGUUAAAGUUCGAAAAGGUCUAUCAUCCUUGUGUGCUGCUAGCCAAGAAGCGGUACGUUGGUUUCAAGUACGAGCACCGCGAGCAGACGGACCCCGAAUUCGAUGCCAAAGGCAUUGAGACCGUGCGACGCGACGGCACGCCUGCGGAACAGAAAAUCGAGGAAAAGGCGCUCAAGACCCUAUUCCGUACCGCGGACCUCAGCCAGGUGAAGGCUUACUUCCAGCGACAAUGUACCAAGAUCAUGCAAGGCCGUGUCUCGAUCCAGGACUUUUGUUUCGCCCGAGAGGUCCGCCUAGGCACGUAUAGCGAGAGCGGCUUGCUCCCGGCUGGCGCGAUGAUCAGCACCAAGCGCAUGCUCGAGGACCCGCGACGUGAGCCGCAGUGCCACGAGCGCGUUCCCUACGUUGUUGUUACGGGCGCGCCAGGUUCCCGACUCGUUGACCGGUGCGUUCCUCCAGAGACGCUCCUUCACGAUGCCCAGCUCGACCUUGAUGCCGAGUAUUACAUCACCAAGAACCUUAUCCCGCCUCUCGAGCGUAUCUUCAAUCUGGUUGGUGCCAGUGUGCGCCAAUGGUACGACGAGAUGCCCAAAGUGCAGCGCAUUCGCCGCGUCGAGUCCGCGCCGACUUCCCGGCCGAAUUAUCUGCUCGGCUUCUCGAAGAAAACACUUGAGUCCUACAUGAGAUCAUCGUCGUGUGUCGUCUGUCGAUCUAAAUUGUCUGAUGCGGCGACUCCUGUGUGUGGUGAUUGUCUUCAGCAUCCUCAUAUUGCGCUGCUGGACGUUGUGUCGCGGUUGCAGCAUGCCGAGAAGCGUGUUGUAGACUUGGAGACCGUGUGUCGCUCUUGCACGGGCGUCCCUGCGGGUGACGAGAUCCGUUGCGAUAGUAUGGAUUGUCCAGUUUUCUAUGCUCGGACGAGAGAAGCUGCUCGUUUGAGGCACUCGCGAGCCGUGCUGGGGCCGGUGGUAGAGAUAUUGGAACAGAAAGGCGAUGAGGGCUUGGACUGGUGA